AAUAAAUUACGCUGUCAAAAAACUAGAAACAAGAACAAGUAUGGAAACUAUAACAUUCUAAAGAAUCAACGAUAAUGAUGCUACAACAUGUAAACAUAAUAUUGCUUUCAAAUCUCUUCUUCAAAAUACUACUCUAUUUUCGUUUUGCUUCUCUGCCGUAUAAACCUCUCUGUCUCUUGGACUUGUUUUGUUUUUGUAUCUUUUAGCGAUGGUUAUCCUCCACGAGAUAAGCAAUGAAGCCAAGACAACAACAGAGACUUCAGGCUCAAGUAACUCUGUCCUGGAACACAUGAAACCUACUAUCUCAACAACCACAAGAACUGCCUUGUCCAACACGGCGAAAACAAAAUACAAAGGUGUGGUUCAGCAGCAGAACGGUCAUUGGGGUGCUCAGAUAUACGCAGAACACCGAAGGAUCUGGCUCGGGACUUUUAAUUCCGCUGCUGAAGCCGCAGCUGCUUACGAUAGCGCAUCGAUCAAGCUCCGAGGCUUUGACGCUAACUCGCACCGGAACUUCCCUUGGUCUGAAAUCACGGUCCACGAACCGGACUUUCAAGUGCUCUACACAACGGAAGCUGUGUUGAACAUGAUCAGAGACGGUUCUUACCUACACAAGUUCAGAGAUCAUGUCAUGUCGAGAUCUCGGAUGGCCAACUUCAACACCAUGGGAUUCAAACAGAGUCAAGAAUCAAACAAGUGUUUCUCUUGCACACAACUUUUUCACAAGGAACUGACACCUAGCGACGUUGGGAAACUGAAUAGGCUUGUGAUACCAAAAAAGUAUGCAGUGAAGCAUUUACCAUUCAUAAGCGACGACCAAGAAGAGGGUGAAGCUGUGGACGAUGUUGAGGUUGUGUUUUAUGACAGUACGAUGAGACAGUGGAAGUUUAGGUAUUGUUACUGGAGAAGUAGCCAGAGCUUUGUCUUCACCAGAGGAUGGAAUGGUUUCGUCAAGGAGAAGAAUCUCAAGGAGAAAGAUGUUAUUGUAUUUUAUUCUUGUGAUGUUCCGAGUCAUGUCAAGAGAUUAGAAGGACAAAACAACAGCUUCUUGAUGAUUGAUGUUGAUCACAAGGGUUUCGUGGCUCCCAAGGAAGAAAACAAAAUGGUUCAUAGCGAAGAAAUGAAAACAGAAGACUUGUUUAACUCGAAGUUAGAAGAUGAAGAAACAAAACCAGAGGAGGAGAAGAAAGGAGGGUUUAUGCUGUUUGGUGUUAGGAUCCAAUAGCUACUUCCGUAUUAGGGGUUUAGUAACUUAGUUAUAGUUUGGUUUUGAUUUGUGCUACGUAGCUUCUUGAUUUACAACAGACUUGGUGUUUUGGUUUUGACAUCUAA